CUGCUGUGUGCCUGUAGGCCCGCCCAAGGAGCUCACAGGGCAAAAGAGGGCUGGGCUUGGCAGAAGCCCCACUUCCUUUUGGCCCAUGGGUGCUUCUGUGGGAGAUGGGGACGAGGGCUCGCGAUCAGCAACCAGUGGUGACCUGUGGGCCCUAGGCCACUCAGAGGACAGGGAGGCCCACUCUUCUCCCUGCUGCUGGCUUCCAGGAGGAUGAGAGAGCCGGAGGCUCACAGCACGCUCAGGAGGAUGGCUGCCUUUUACCAGUGCAUCAGGCCUGACCCCAGGGAGCUCGACAUGAUUUCCACGAGGGUGAUGGACAUUAAGCUUCGGGAGGCUGCAGAGGGCCUUGGGGAGGACAGUACAGGAAAGAAAAAAUCUAAAUUUAAAACUUUUAAGAAGUUUUUUGGGAAGAAGAAGAGAAAAGAAUCGCCGUCGUCCACAGGAAGUAGCACCUGGAAACAGAGUCAGACAAGGAAUGAGGUCAUUGCCAUCGAGUCCGGACCAGUGGGCUACGACUCGGAGGAUGAGCUGGAGGAGUCGAGGGGCACGAUGGGCAGCCGGGCCCUCUCUCACGACAGUAUUUUCAUUCCUGAGUCCGGACAGGACCCCACUCGGCCUGUGCGGGUGUUUUCCCAAGAAAAUGUGUGUGAUCGGAUUAAAGCUCUGCAGUUAAAAAUACAGUGUAAUGUGAAAAUGGGACCACCACCUCCUCCAGGGGGACUUCCUGCCAAGCGGGGAGAGGAUGCUGGCAUGAGCUCUGAGGAUGACGGGCUGCCCAGGAGCCCCCCAGAGAUGUCUCUGCUGCACGACGGGGGUCCUGGCACAACAAUAAAGGUCUCUGUCGUGUCUCCAGACCAUGUGAGCAACAGCACUGUCUCUGCCCGGACCUCGGACAGCAGCCUGGCACCAGUGGCUGACUUCAGUUACCCUCCAGAAUCCUCCUCCUGCCUGGACAACUCUGCAGCUAAGCACAAGCUCCAGGUCAAGCCCCGCAACCAGCGGUCGAGUAAAAUGAGGCGGCUCUCAUCGCGUGCUCAGUCUGAAUCCCUGAGCGACCUGACGUGCACCCCUGAGGAGGAGGAAAACGAGGAGAAACCACUGCUGGAAGUCAGCCCAGAAGAGAGCCGCAGUUCUGGGCAGCAGGACGUGGCACGAGACAGAGGCCCUGAGCCUGGGCCACCAGCGCCCUUGCUGCCAACCGGAGGGACCCGUGCCAGACGCGCCCGCCUGCAACACUGCCAGGCGAUCAGGGUCAGCGUGGAGGAGGAGGGCACCCCUGGGGAGGACCCCUCAAGUCGCCUGGCCACCCCGGAACUCGCCGAGCCCCAGUCGACCCCCGCUCUCCGAGUGGAGCCCCCGUCCCCGCCAGCGGGCCCCCAGCACCUCCGUCCCGACGGCGGAAAGCAGGAGGAGGGGGCAGCCCCCGCAGGCCCGUGUGCCCCGGCCACAGACACCGCAAAGGAAGUGGUCUGUGCUCCGGAAGACGUCCGGAGCCCCUCUCCCACCGCCAUCCCCGAGGGGGACCCGACGCCCCCCGAGACUGUCCCCGCCGCCACCUCGGAGGCGCCCUCUGCUCCAGACGACCGGCCAGACCACAGUGUCCUGCAGGAAGCGGAGCCGACGCCUCCAGUGCCCCCGGACGAGGAGAAGGGGCCCCCGGGGCCACUGCCCGAGCCCGAGAGAGCAGGGGCUGAGCACGAGAGAGCAGGGACCGAGACCGAGAGAACGGGGACCGAACUCGCCAGAGCGGGGACCGAACCCGAGAGAGCGGAGAACGAGCCGGAGAGAGCGGGGACCCAGCCCGAGAGAGCGGGGCCCGAACCCGCCAGAGCGGGGACCGAACCCGAGAGAGCGGAGAACGAGCCGGAGAGAGCGGGGACCCAGCCCGAGAGAGCGGGGACCGAACCCGCCAGAGCGGGGACCGAACCCGAGAGAGCGGAGAACGAGCCGGAGAGAGCGGGGACCCAGCCCGAGAGAGCGGGGACCGAACCCGCCAGAGCGGGGACCGAACCCGAGAGAGCGGAGAACGAGCCGGAGAGAGCGGGGACCGAACCCGCGAGAGCAGGGGCCGAGCCCGAGAGAGCGGGAACCGGGCCGGAGAAAGUAGGGAACGGGCCGGAGAGAGCGGGGACCGAACCCGAGAGAGCCGGGGCCGAGCCCGAGAGAGCUGGGACGGGGCCGGAGAAAGUAGGGAACGGGCCGGAGAGAGCGGGGAACCGGCCCUCGGCGGCGCCCGCCCCGAGCCCCCCAGUGCCCAAGAGCUGCCUGAAGCACCGGCCCGCGGCGGCCGUCGAGGGCCCUGCCGUAUCCCCGCCGCCUGCCGCCACGAAGUCGCCCCGGGGGGAGCCCGGUCCCUCUUCCCCCGACGCGGAGGCCGCAGCCCCGGGGCGCCCCGAGGCCGAGCGCGCCGAGGCUCCACCCGCGGGCGCCGAGAGGGCGGCGCCGGAGCGGAAGACCGAGAGGGGCGGCGCCGAGCUGCGGGGCGCGAAGAAGUUCUCGGUGUCCUCGUGCCGGGCGCGGCCUCGUCCCGGCGCCUCCCGCCCGCUGGAACGCGCCGGCGGCCGCCUGCCCCUCUCCAGCAGCCGCCCAGCCUGGAGGAGCGAGGCUGCCCUCGACGACCUCCAGGGGCUCCCCGAGCCCCAGCUCGCGAAAGCCGGCCCUCGGAAGCCGGCGGAGGGCGGCGCUCAGGACUCGGGCGACAGGGCGGCCACCCCGGCCGGGCCUCGCAGGAGCCCCCAGGAGGCGGCCGCUUCGCCCGGGACGAGAGAGCCGUGCCCAGCGGCCCAGGAGCCGGCUCCGAGCGAGGACAGAAACCCCUUCCCCGUCAAGCUUCGGUCCACCUCCCUCUCGCUCAAAUACAGGGAUGGCGCCUCCCAGGAGGCGAAGGGUGUGAAGAGGUCCAGUGCCGAGGUCCGGUUAGAAAGGUCGCUCACCGUGCUCCCGAGGGAGGAGAAGUGUCCUCCUGGGACGGCCUCCGCCCUUCGAGGCGCCAGGGCCCCCAGCGACCAAGGAAAGGGGAAGGCCCGGCCCCCCGAGCCGCUCAGUUCCAAGCCGCCACUGCCCCGGAAGCCGCUUCUGCAGAGCUACACGCUCCCGCCCGCGCCCGCGCCCCCCGACACCAGCCCAGGAGAGCGGGACCCCAGAAAGGAGCCCAGGACGGCGGAGAAAAGGCCGCUGCGCAGGGGAGCUGAAAAGAAUCUGCUGCCUGCAGCAACAGGGCCUGGAGCCGAUGGGCAGCCCACACCGCCCUGGAUCACCGUCACUCGGCAGAAGCGGCGAGGAGCCUUGGACCAGCCAACCAACCAGGAAGACAAGCCUGGGGCACGGACCGGGAAGUCUGAACUGGGAAAGCAAGCCAAGGUGCCCGAGAGAGCCCAGGAGCAUGUGAAGCAAGCUGACUUUGUCCGCAGCAAGUCUUUCCUGAUAACCCCUGUGAAGCCCGCUGUGGACCGGAAGCAGGGGGCAAAGCUCAACCUCAAGGAGGGGCUGCAAAGAGGAAUCUCAUUGUCCCAUCAGAACUUGGCAGCUCAGUCUGCAGUGAUGACGGAGAAGGAAUUGCAUCAGCUAAAGAGAGCCAGUUAUGCCAGUACAGAUCAGCCAUCCUGGAUGGAACUUGCCAGAAAGAAAUCUCAAGCUUGGAGUGACAUGCCCCAGAUUAUAAAAUAGGUGGACAGUGUGCUGAUAAAGCAUGUCCACUACCCUGACAAGCCACUGAGUUAAAAACUGCCAGUAUAUCAUGGCAAACAAACUGUGAAACUUAAAGAUUGAUUUUAUCAUCAAGUUGUGACAAGCUCGGGGAAGAGGAAGGAACCAGGCAAAACAGAGAGGAUAAACACACAGCCAUACUCCUGGGCCAGAGGGCCAGAAAUAAGAACAACACUGAAAAAGUCCAGGAACCAGUUCCUGUGCCCAAAGGUACGAAUGUGUCUUUUAGAAUUCCCUUGAUAAAGAAGCCUCAGACAAGGAAGAAAAUGGAAAUGAAAUUGGACACAUAAGUAGGACACCCUGCAAAGGCCAGAAGAGAAGCCCUUCUAGGAGAAGGGACGGCUGUGCUUCCAGCCGAGAUCAGCCCUCGUCUCUGGUUGCUGUCUUGCCUGUGGAUCCUGUCUUCCUUCCUGUUUUCUACGAGGCAUGACAUUCAUGGUAAAACAGGGAUGCCGUUUCCAAGAGCAGCUAUAAAACAAUCUGUUUUCCUAAAGGCAGGCACUCUGAGAAGGAGAUGAAGGAACAUGGCAGGGUUCAUCAAUUCACAGACUGUUUCCAGAAUAAUUUUUAAACUUUUCCACUAGGCAUCUGUGUCUUUAACCACUGCACAAUGCAUUGCCUGUUUAAUAAAAGGUUUCAAACAUG